UCUUCACCGUCCGUUGUGGUGGAGACCAUGUCUGCCUGGACGAACAGCUGCCGUUCGAUCCCAAACAUCAGGGACAAAACCGAGGCUCAUCAGGGAUAAUUCUCUUUUUCUGCCGAUUUUCGACGAACUCAUCUCUGGAGAGCGCCGCUACUCGAUCUGUGAUCGGAAGGGAGAUGGAGAGGGAGUUGGUGGAGCUGUUCAGAGCUGCGACGAAGGCGGCCGAUGCUGCCGCCCUCGACGGAGUUUCACCUAAGGUCGACCGCUGCAUCGAAGUGCUGAACCGGCUCAAGAGUUUUCCUGUGACGUAUGAUGUUCUCGUGAGAACGCAGGUUGCAAAAGGGCUUCGACCUCUCACAAAGCAUCCUGAGAAGCAGAUUCAGACCAAGGCUUCUGAUGUGAUUGAAAUUUGGAAAAAGAUAAUCAUUAGUGAAGCAACUAAGAUGAAGAGAGAUGGUGUUGAUAUUAGAAGUCCAAAAAAGACUGUGGUUACAGAGGCAAGGACUGUUAAAAUUGAGGAGGUUCGUAAGACUGCUUCAGUUGUGCUUGAAAAGGUUCCAAAAACUGAAGAUUCUAUGACAAAAGCUGCGAAUGUUUCAAGAUCAGGCACUCUGAAGGUUGAGAAGCAAAUUGGAACUGUAGGGACUGCUGCAGAUGAGAGGAAAGAUAGGAGGGAGAGUGUUAAGGUUGAAAACACACCAAAGGAAGAGAAGCCAGCAUCUAGCAUGAAGAAGCCUGUACAAGCAUCUAAUGCACCUCCAAAGCUGACUUCUAUGAUCAAAUGUAAUGAUGCUUUGCGUGACAAAAUGCGGGAACUUCUGUUAGAGGCCUUGUCUAAGGUUUCUAGUGAGGCUGAUGAGGACAUGAAGGAUGAAGUAGAUGCAUGUGAUCCAAUUCGAGUUGCUGUAGCUGUAGAAUCCAUCAUGUUUGAGAAAAUGGGUCGGUCUAAUGGGCCUCAGAAGGUUAAGUACAGGUCUAUAAUAUUCAAUCUAAAGGAUCCAAAGAACCCUGAUUUUAGGAGGAAAGUGCUUCUUGGACAGGUGAAGCCUGAGAGGCUUGCUGAUAUAGCACCCGAAGAAAUGGCCAGCGAUGAGAGGCAACGGGAGAAUAAGCAGAUUAAGGACAAGGCUUUAUUUGACUGUGAGCGGGGUGGUCCACCAAAAGCCACAACUGAUCAGUUCAAGUGUGGCCGCUGUGGUCAACGCAAGUGCACAUACUAUCAACUGCAAACCAGGAGUGCAGAUGAACCAAUGACAACAUUUGUAACGUGUGUAAACUGCAACAACCAUUGGAAGUUCUGCUAGAGGGAUUCCUGGUUGGAUGGCUAUUCAUGCCCUGAUCUACUCAUAAUCUGUGAAGCUCAAAUUAUCUUCAGCACAGCUCAACCUUUCUGGUGCAAUCUUCUCUAUUCUGAAGAUGUAACCCCAUUUAUUCUCUCGGGGGCUCAUCUGGUUUAGGGAAUGCAGCACAGCUUUCAUGAUGAAAUGUUUAGGUCUAAAUUUUAGCGCCCCCCCCCCCCCCCCCCCCCCCCCCGCGUACCAUAUAAGGUACAUUUCAAACAAUUUUCCAAUUAGACAAUAGAUUUUCAUUUAUAUUUCGUAGUAGUUUUGCUUCAUGUUAGUUUUAGCAGUCAUGAAGAACUGACUUCAUGUGAAAUGGAAUUUGUUGUUCCUUAA